ACUUUCGGUCUCUGGCUGUCACCCGGCUUGGCCCCUUCCACACCCAGCUGGGGCAAGCCUGGUGCAUGAGGAGACUUGGACUCUAGGUCCCCAAGGGGCGGAGCCAGGGUCCCCACUCCUGGGGCAGGGGGAACAGAGGGUGGGGGGCUGAGUUCCCGGGUCCCUAACCUGGGGAGGGUUCUGGGUACCAGACGUCGGGGUUCUUAGAAGUGGAGAUAAAGAGUUUUCACCGUAACUGGGGCAGACGCAGGAAGCCUGGGGGAGGAAGGGGCGGAAACUCAGCCACAUCAAUGGGACGCGGGAGGGGCGGGGAGGCAAAGGGGCGGGCGGGGCAGGGGCUGAGGCAUGAGGGUCCGAGACUUGUUCUUCUGUCCCUUCCAAGACCCGGCCACAGGAGGCAUGCGGGGCCCCCGGCCGAAAUGACAGUGCUGGCGCCAGCCUGGAGCCCAACAACCUAUCUCCUCCUGCUGCUGCUGCUGAGCUCGGGACUCAGUGGGACCCAGGACUGCUCCUUCCAACACAGCCCCAUCUCCUCCGACUUCGCUGUCAAAAUCCGUGAGCUGUCUGACUACCUGCUUCAAGAUUACCCGGUCACCGUGGCCUCCAACCUGCAGGACGAGGAGCUCUGCGGGGCCCUCUGGCGGCUGGUCCUGGCACAGCGCUGGAUGGAGCGGCUCAAGACUGUCGCUGGGUCCAAGAUGCAAGGCUUGCUGGAGCGCGUGAACACGGAGAUACACUUUGUCACCAAAUGUGCCUUUCAGACUCCUCAACCCUGCCACCCCCAUGGAGUCCCCGGGCCCUGGAGGCCACAGCCCCGACAGCUCCACAGCCCCCUCUGCUCCUCCUACUGCUGCUGCCCGUUGGCCUCCUGCUGCUGGCCGCUGCCUGGUGCCUGCACUGGCAGAGGACGCGGUGGAGGACACCCCGCCCUGGGGAGCAGGUGCCUCCCGUCCCCAGUCCCCAGGACCUGCUGCUUGUGGAGCACUGACCUGGCCAAGGCCUCAUCCUGGGGAGGACACUGAGGCACACAGAGGGGAGUCACCAGCCAGAGGAUGCAUAGCCUGGACACAGAGGAAGUUGGCUAGAGGCCAGUCCCUUCCUUGGGCCCGAUGCCCCUCUCAUUCCCUCCCCAGGAUGGAGGCAACGCCAGAACCCAGCACCGGCCCCACUUGCCCAACUCUGUACAAAGCCCUUGUCCCCAUGAAAUUGUAUAUAAAUCAUCCUUUUCUACCA